CCUGUAAAGAGAGUUAGAUUUGCAUCGUGCGGUGAAGCAUAAGCGGCAAUGGCAUCAUCGGAAGGAGAAGAGUCUCAGCAGCCACAACUCGUCCUCGCCGACAAGCUUUUCCUCCUCAAACAACCCGAUGUUCAAGACAUUGACAAAGUUGGAUUCAAGGAGGAUGUCUUCACAUUCGUCAAGGAUCAUGAUAUGGUCCCUUUAUACGAAACCCUAGUCGCCGAUUCUGUUUUGGAUAUGGAUCGUACCCUUUUGGACUCUAUGCGUGCUAAAAUUGACGAUGAGCUUAAGAAGCUUGACGAAAAGAUUGCUGAUGCUGAGGAAAACUUAGGUGAGAGUGAAGUCCGCGAGGCUCACUUGGCAAAAUCCUUGUUUUUCAUCCGGAUUGGGGAUAAGGAGAAAGCCCUGGAACAUCUCAAGAUAACAGAAACCAAGACUGUUGCAGUGGGGCAGAAGAUGGACUUGGUGUUUUAUACGCUGCAGCUUGGUUUCUUUGACAUGGAUUUUGAUCUAAUUUCCAAAAGUAUUGACAAAGCUAAAAGGUAAUUAUUUGAAUCUCAU